CUGCUAUUCAUCUUGCUUUUUUUUUUUCUUCUUUGGUUCAAACAAUGGGUUUAUCUUGUAUAGUAUACGGUAUGAAUAUCAUUGACAAGGAGGUAUACACAGUGCAAAGAUUAUCUUCAUUCAAUUACGCAAGUAAAAAUCGUGAACUUAAGAGCGGCGCAGUGAAGGCACUGCUAGAUGGACUUACUUUGGUUGAGGCAAGUGAGACCAGUUAAAACUGUCCUAGUUACGCUUUUAGAGAAUGUCUACUUAAUUUUUGCUUUGGCUUCUCUUCUGGUCUUUUUCAGUAAGGCAACGAACUAUGACAUGAACAAUAUAACAACGGG